GGCCGGCCGAGUCUCCGCAGAAGGCGACUGACGCACUUCCGGCCACGCCUCCUACCGUGGCGUACUUCCGGCCUCUCCCAACCAGCUCAGCGGCCGGCGGCGCCGUUGCCAAGGCAGCGCGGUGUGGGCGCCUGACUGGGGCCAUCCUUGUUGCUGUUGGCGCGCCGGGGACGGUUCCAUGAGCCGGCGGGACCCGGAGGCUGACGCUGCGACGUCGGAGACAGGGACCGAGGGGCUGGUCAGGACCAGCCCUGUACUGGAGACCGGGAAGCAGGCACCCGGAUGAGCCCUGGGGCCCACAGGCGACUUGGAAAACUGGAUAUGAUCGGUUGUUCCAGCUCUACGGGCAGGACCCUGUGAGAGGAGCUAUAGGGAUGGCACACCUGCUGGGAAGCCAGGCCUGCAUUGACAGCCUACGCAAGGACCUCACCGACCUGCAGGGUGCCAUCGUAGAUGUAUUCUCCCGAGCCGGACCCGUACGCUUCCCUUCCUGGAAGUUCCCUGACCGUGUGGCCUGUGAUCUCGACAUGGUGGCCCUGCUGGAGCACUAUGACCACGUGCCGAGUGACCCUGAGUUCACACAGCUGUCCCAUGCUGUGCUGCUGGAGCUGGUCAUAGACAGGCUCCUCCUCCUGCUUCAGAGCUGUGCCAGCUACCUGGAAAGCCUCGGCUUGGAGCAGACGAUUCCCCCUGCCCGGGCUGCAGGACCCUGUAUGUCGGUGGGGCUCACAGUGAGGCGCUUCUGGAAUAGCCUGCUGAGACUAGGCAUGCUCUACCAGCAGGUGGCCCCCCAGAAAAGUGCAAACCAAAGAGACACCCCUAUGGCUAAGCCUACAGCCAAGCCCACAGCCAAGGGCGAGCCAGCCAGGAGUCCUGAGUCUAUGACUGCCAAGUUCAUCAAGCCUCCCUCCCAGGUGCCAGGCUUGCCUCAGAACCUCCCUGGCAAAGUCUCUCUGAAAUUUCCUGCUGGGACCCAGAACACCAAGAACGUCUAUUCCCAGACCGUUGAGACGGCCCUCGUGCCCUGCGAUGCAUGUACCAGCGUUCAGGGUAGCCUGCAGGAGGUAGGCAAGGUGCUCGUCAGCCUGUGUCAGAGCCAGAACUUGCCCUCAUCCUUGGGCCAUUUUCAGCAGCUGGUGCAGGACAGCAUGGGGCUCAAGCCACUGUCAGCUGCCACCAUGGGCCACUGGGCUUCAGAACAGAGCAAAGACCUGACACGCCUCAGUAAGCAUGUGGGGGCCCUGACUCAGCUUAUUGGGCCCCUCAGGGCCCAGCUGGAGGAGGCUGAGGGGCAGAAGGAUGGACUAAGGAAACAGCUGAGCAAGCUGGAGCAGGCCUUGGAGCAGGAGCAGGGCGAGCGGCAGCAGCAGGCAGAGGAGGCGGAGCAGUGCCUGGCCAAGUGGGAGUGCAGCCGGCAGCAGCUUCUUUCAGAAACAAAUGACCUAAAGACGAAGGUGGUGGCUCUGGAGGUGGAGCUGAAGCAGAAGCAGGAGUCCAUGCAGGUUGUGGAGGAAAGGGCCCAACAGCUGCGGGAGGAAGGUGAACGCAGGGCAGCUGCCGAGAGGCAGGUGCAGCAGCUGGAGGAGCAGGUGCAGCUGCUGGUUGGGCGGCUGGACGGGGCCAGCCAGCAGAUCUGCUGGGCCAGCACAGAGCUGGACAAGGAGAAAGCCCGCGUUGACAGCAUGGUCCGCCACCAGGAGUCCCUGCAGGCCAAACAGCGCGUCCUGCUGCAGCAGCUGGACAGCCUGGACCAGGAGCGCGAGGAGCUGCGGGGCAGUCUGGAUGAUGCUGAGAUCCAGCGGGCUCAGAUGGAGGAGCAGCUUCAGAGCCUGAAGAGCAACCGGGAGCAGGACCAGUGCCAGCUCCAAGCCCAGCAGGAGCUGCUGAAGAGCCUGCAGUGGGAAAAGCAGGACCUGGAGCAGGUGACCACAGACCUGCAGCUGAAUCUCUCGGAGUUGCAACGGGAGCUGGAGGCCCUGAAGGAGCGGGAACGGCUGCUGGUGGCCUUCCCUGACUUGCACAGGCCUGUGGAGGACCAGAUCCAAAGUUCUGGCAAUGUCACGGAAGAUAUGGAAAGGCAAGUGCAAGCCAAUAGCAUUCGCAUCCAGGUCCUGCAGGAGGAGAAUGGGCGGCUCCAGUCAAUGCUGUCCAAGAUCCAUGAAGUGUCCCAGCAGGGGGCGCUCAAGCUGGUCCCGCAGGACAAGCUCUGGUCGCAUCCUAGCAAGGACAAUCAGGGAGCUGCUCCUCCAGCCCAGGCCCAGAGCAUAUCCCCAAGGUCCCCAGGCAGGCGGCGCUCUCCUGGUGCCAGGGCAGGCAGCACAGGCAGGACCCCGCCAGGCCAUCCCCGAGCAGUCUCACCUCGGCAGCCCUGCAGCUGGCCCAGCAAGUCCCCCCUGGAGGGCGUCACUCACUCAGGCAUCUGUGCCCAGAACCCCAUUCGGGCCUUGGCCAAGCUCAGGAGGAGACUCUCACCAAGCCGAGACCAGGCCAACUCGGCACACCAGCCCCAGGAGCGGCCUCUGUAAACCUGCAGCAGGGGUGGGGCUGGAGGGCAACUGAAUGGAAUAAAGUUGCCGCCAUCUGCCCACAGCCAUCUUGGCCUUAGUGUGGUAGAGCUGGGGAAGAGUCCUCCAGUCCCUGUGAGGCCUCCCUACAAAGGCCAGCAACCCGCAUGUGGGCCCUCAGUGGUGGGAGCUUCCUGCCAUCCUCCUGACAAGAUUGUGUGAGUAGAGAGCACAUCAGGGGCAGAAAGAAGCUUCUAGCAACUUGGCCAGGUGAAAGACAGCAUCCAGUUAUUAGCUCUCAGCUCUGCAGAUCAGAAAUCCAGGCCAACCCUGUGUGGCUAAGCCCACUGCUGAAGGUGUUGCCCAGGGUGGGCUCCUUCUAAAGGGCUCUGAGAAAGAAGCCCCUCCUAAGGUCCUUCUGGUUGUUGGCCACCUACCCUGCCUUUCCUUCUGCCCACCACCGUAACUCGUCUUCAGGUCAGUAGCAGAGAACAACUAUACUGAAGCUCCUACCGUGUCUUCUG